CUAUCUACGUUCAGUCACUUGCUAGGCACCCGAGAGUUAACGCACAGAAAACCAAUGGCGCCAAAGAGGGAAAAUCUUGCCGCUGUAGUGCACGGUCCAAACGAUCUCCGGCUGGAGGCACGACCUAUCCCAGAGCCAGCGUUCAAUGAAGUGGUAGUCGAGGUAGAUUGUUGUGGAAUUUGCGGAACCGAUAUCCACUUUCUCAAAGAUGGUGGCUUCGGUGCACAGAGGUUGAUUAAGCCGAUAGUGCUCGGACAUGAGUCGGCCGGAGUUGUGCGUAGAGUUGGCAGUCAGGUGACUCAUCUGAAAGUUGGUGAUCGGGUUGCGAUCGAACCUGCAGCAGGCUGUCGGUCAUGUGAUUUGUGUAAAGUUGGCAAGUACAACAUUUGUCUGGAUGGUAAGCACUGUACCACCCAAAAGCAUGAUGGGAACUGCUCAAACUUUUAUGCACAGUACGCGGACUGUUGCUUCAAGCUGCCUGAUCAUGUAACGAUGGAGGAAGGUGCGCUGGUCGAGCCUUUGGCGGUAGCGGUUUAUGCCGGUAGACGAGCUAAGAUUGGUCUAGGAAAUAAAGUGAUCAUCUUCGGGGCAGGGCCAAUCGGUUUGGUGUGCCUGAUUGCCGCGAAGGCAAUGGGUGCCACAAAGACGGUUAUUUUAGACUUAGAGCACGCCACACAUCGAUUGGAUGUUGCCAGAAAGCUGGGCGUGACGGGGGUGAUUGCAAUCAAGAAAGACGACAAAGAGGAUGAUUUGGUGCGGAAAAUCCACGAUGUGUUGGAUGGCCCAGCAGAUCGUGUGCUCGAGUGCACUGGCUCCCAGCCUGGGAUUAGAAUUGCUAUCAAAGCUACUAGGAACGCCGGUAGGAUCUGUUUGGUAGGAUUGGGAAACAAAGACGUUCUGUUGCCGAUGGUGGAGGCUACUUCGAGAGAGAUUGACAUCGCCACAUGCAUGCGCUAUAAUCACGAUUACCCAGCAGCUCUGGAGAUCGUAGCUAGCGGAUACGUCGACGUGAAACCAUUGGUAUCACACCAUUUCGAUCUGGCGAACAUCCAUGAGGCAUUUCGAGUGGCCAGUCAGGGCGAAGGCGUUAAGAUUAUGAUACAUUUGGUCCCAAGAGACACUUACAAUAUGAAAAAGUUUACUAACUAAGCAAGAAUGAUUUUCUUUCUGGUUGAAAUACAACAGUAAAUAAAUGAAUGAAUGUAAAUAA